CAAGUUGUCACACUGGAGUGAAUAUGUUUCAAGAUACCCUCGAUGCUGUACCCCCGAGGACUAGUAUCCACAAAUGUUCCCUUAGCAAAAGAAGCACAGUUUUGGAGUCACUUCCCAUUCCUCCUAAUGUUACAGCCUCUAGAAAGCUUUUAGUUCGCUUGAAAAGGAUGACGCUCCUGGAUCCGGAGAAAACCAUCAGCAAGCAAUUCUUCAGAAAUAAGCUUUCAAUGCUCAAAGAACAAAAAAGACAGUUGAAGACAGCACACUGGUUAGUUAUCCACCCUAUGAGUAAGGUGUCAGAUAUUUUGGACUGGUUGUUUUUCGGCACUUGGUUAGGAACAUACAUGAUGCUGCCAUUGUACGUUUUAGUAGACAUUCGCCAAUGGCCACUACAGAUGGUCAUAAUAAGAAUGCUACACAAACCUCUAGAAUUACUAAUAUUACUUACUUUUUUCUGCCGAGGAUACAUAGAUUAUACAAGAAAUGAGAUUGUCUUAGAUAUACGCAAGAUAGUGAUCCGAUAUCUUCGAACAUAUUUUGUAUUGGAUGUUAUCAUCCUAUUUUUGGAUCUGGCUAUAUCUGUAGGAAGUCCGCCCCAUCAUUUCCAUAUUGAUGAUAUGGUGUUUACAUUGCUGAUGCAGAUAGCACUCAUAGGAAGAGCAAAUUCCCACAUUAAGAUUCUUUGUGCAUUGCUGGAGCGAUUGCUUUCCUCCCGAACAAUAAGAGUAGUGAUAUACCAUACGUACUUUACAGUCCUCCUCGUGCAUGGUUUUACAGUAAUGAAUGUCCUUGUAACAAAAUAUGCGACCCGUGCUGAAAUCAAUUUUCCACCUGAAUCAUGGUUGACUGCCGUGUUUCGAGGAAGAAAGUACAAGCUUGAUAACAUCUACUUUGAAUCUCAAAUGUUGGUGGCAUGUUUUUUCUUUGGCGUCUCUUAUUUAAAAUCCAGAAUAAGGUAUUUCCCUGAACAAAUAUUCCUAACAUUUGUAGCAUUGGUUGGAAGACUUUAUACACUCUACCUGUUUGCUGAUAUACUUUUAAUCUUUGGCACUGACGCUCAUCCAGAGAGCAGAUAUGAAAAGUUUAUAGGAGAGGUGAAUGAGUAUAUGGCCGCAAAAAAUCUUCCAAAAGACAUCAGGAUUCGGUUACUGAAGUACUAUGAAUGUAAGCUCCAGAAGAGUUACUUCCGAGAAGCAGAAAUAAUGAAUAGCUUGUCAGAGAGAUUGAAAAUGGAGAUGUUCUUGCACUUUGCAAUGAAACUGGUACAAAAUAAUCCCAUAUUGAAAAUACUUCCAGCAUCAGUCCUCAGUAUUCUCAUCUCAAAAAUGAAAGCCGAGACCUAUCUGGCUGAUGAUGUGAUAGUCUCAGUAGGAAAGCCGCAUGAAAAUAUAUAUUUUAUUUCAUCAGGUACAGUAGCCGUUUUCAACAUGAAUGAUCAUGAACUUGAUCACUUAGAAGAUGGUUACGAUUUUGGGUUAGAUCAAGGCAAGAACUACGAUUACGUAGCAAUGGAAACAAGUGAAGUAUAUUAUGUCAAGUAUGCAAUUUUGAAAGAAACUACUACCUCGUAUCACGAGCUGUGGGCUUAUUAUGAAAUGAGAUGGCUCAUGUUGCAUCAUAAAUACCAGGAGCUUGGUGAUAGGCUAAGGGGAGGGGGAGAUACAAUGUUGCAUGAGCUAAGACGAGGUCAGCUUUUGGAGAAUGUAAAGACCAGAAAUGUUAUUUAAUAAGGUCACAAGUGAUUAACUCAUGAGCCCGUGUUAUCAUAUUGAGAAACCUAUACUUUGUUUUUGUUUUGCGCUACUGAAGUUUUGAAAAUUGUAUAUCUUAAUGUACCCAUCAAUACAGUAUCUAUUUGUACUCAU